CACCACCACCAGCAACAGCAAAAUGCCGCCACAGCUCGCUCCCAACUUGUACAGAGUGCUCCUUCGUGCCGCCAAGCAGUUCCACCAGUACGAAAGCGAGCACAGGUCAUUAUAUGCCGCCGUUCGGUCGGGCAGCUUGCUGCCGUACCACGGUAUCCGCGAAGACUGGAAGCGCGAACAGUCACUUCGAUCGCUCGUGGAUGGCAUGUCGCCACACGAGACCCUGGCGUGGCGGGAUGUGGUGACCGCAGUGCGUGAUAAAUUCACCGCCGCCGACUCCAAGUUGCCGGUGAGCGAGCGCCUCGACCGUGCGUUCACAACGUUGCGCCUCCUGGGCCAGCACAACGACAUGGUCCACGCGCACAUUGCCAACGGCAUGUUUGCACCCAAGCGGCGAGAUGGGUUGCCGAUGGACGUGUUGUUCAAAGUAGGCGACGUGGUUCGUGUGGAAGGCAUUGGUCGGGGCGUCGUGUGCAGUUGGAACGUGCCUCGGCUCAAGUACCGCAAGUGCACACCCAAGUACACGAUCCUCGCCCACAUUCGACCUCGUCCCAAGGACGACGAGAGCGACGAAGAUACCGCCGCCGACCACGACUUUGACGAUCGAUGGCGCAUGUACCACGUCGACGAAACCCGCAUCAAGCUGUCCCGCAAGGCGUCGCCAGUGAAGAACCCGUCGCUGCUGUGUUACUUUGACGGGUUUGAGCACGGACGGCACGUGCCUUGUCGUUCGCUUGUGGCGCGCUUUCCCGACGACGUCGCGCCGCCGCCCCAUGCUCGACCUGUGAUCCCGUCCAUCUUGGACCUCCAAAAUGCCGACGAAGACGCACUCGUGUUGUACGUGCAAAGCCCGGACGCCACCGUUGCCCACAUCGCGAGGACGGUGCUGGAUGCAAAAUGGAUGGACGAGGCCGGUCCCGGGGCCAAACGCGACUUGGAACGCGCCAUGGAAAUGUACGCCGGUGGCAACAAACCGGCCGGUCGGAAGCAAAUGAAGGCCAUCGUCAAGGCACACCCCACGUAUGUGUCGGCGCUGGAAAUACUCGCCAUUACCACCUUGGACGACGGUACACACAUCAGCUACCUACCUAGCUACAGUAGCUGCUACUAUAUGUAUCUUUUCAAUCUGAGGAUUCCCAUGUAUAUGACUGUGGCGUAGGCAACGCAGAGGAUGCGCUUGAUCUGUUUCAACGUGUGGUGGAUCUGAAACCGCUGCAUCUGCGAGGACUGAGUGGCCUAGCCACGAGUGCCGCCAAGUUGAGGCAGUGGGACGUGGCCCAUGCGUCGGCCGCCAAGCUCAUUCGACUCGAUCCGACGUCGUCGAUUGCCAAACGAGUCUUGGCCAAGGUCGACGACGCCCUGUACUACCUGUUUUAGACCAUCCCUCGUGCUUUUACAGUUAAUCCACACCCUUGAACGAAAUUACUCCUGUAAUCGCAAAUACAGUAUGUACAGUACU